AUGUUUGCUAACAACAACAGUUUGACUAGUUUGAAUGAUUUGAAUAGUAACAGCGAUUGUAAUUCAAUUUCAAAUUGGGCAGAGAAACUCUCAUUGUCGGAUAUCAGUGUGGGCGAAAUUUUGGAUACCUACAAGAAUGAUACAGACUUGCUAAAGCACAUCCUCGCAGCAAAGACGGAAGAAGAUAAAAGAAGAGCAGCAGAAGAAAUCCGCAGAGCAGAGGAAGCAAGAUUGCAAUCAAAAUUCAUUGAUUUACAGCUUGAUCAGAAUCGCCGUUCUUCAUUAUUGGAUGAUACAAACACAUCCUUAGGUCUAUCUGCUACUGAUUGGCUCUCUCAAGUAAACAACAAUGAUCUAUUAUCACCCACCUUCAUGAACAAUACCCCACCUUCUCCAUCUCAACUUCAGCCAUUAUCGCCUUAUACUCUAUUCGAAGUGCCAUUUGCCGACCUGAAUCUGUCAGCACCAUCCUCACCAGAACCUAACAAUAAUACACCACAUCCACCUCCAGUCUUGGUUGAAAAAGUGAGUCUUAGUGAUGAUCCACCACCUCCUCCUCCUGUUUCAACGCAAGAUAAAAAUUCUAAUUCAAAUACUAAUCACACAACGAAUAACGCAAAUUCAGCCGUAAACCCCACGCACUGCAAACCAUUGGAUGCCACAAAUACCAGCAGCAACAAUACCACAGAUAAUACAAACAUGCUGUCUCCUCCACCUCCUCCACCUCCUGCGACCAGUUUACAAGUCCGAGAGAGAGGUUCAUGUAAGAGAACACUAUCCCGUACUCGAUCUACCAGAAAGCCAUCGAUUCGAGUCCUUUCAAAAAAGAGGUACCAGCAGCCUUCCACUAUCAGCCAUAACAGUGGCAAAGAUGAAGCAGAGCAGGCCAAGGAGGAAUUGCCCUUGGAUCAUGAUAAAGUCAUGGAGGCAUUAAGAGCCAAGUUACAGAGAUCUACACAGCAACAAAAGGAACAAAAGGACGUUAAAGAAGAGUACACCAGCAUGUCUCCUUCCGGCAUCUUGUUGCUUGAUUUGAAGAAUCCCAAGAAAUCUUUUCCUAUCAGACCUAAAGCAACGCCUCGAGCCUCUGUUGUAAGGAAGCCCAAUUCGUUUAUUUCUGCUCAUAAACCAAAAGAGCAAACUUUGUAA